ACUCACCAAAAAAUGAUUUGAAUGAAGGAAACAUGAUAACAGCUCACGUGCCACCGAUUCUCUCCUACUUUCUGUCCGAUUCUGUCGAUAAACUCAAGCCACCGUAGCGACGCCGCCGCGCAGUCGGCGCUGCCGUUUUCUCCCAUCCAUUUUCAAUCUCCAAACCUAAACGCUGCCAUCAAUUUACUCUCCACCUACAUUUCACACACACAAACGACUUUCGUCUUUAAUUUCAACGUUCCUAUCGGUUAUCAAUCGAUUCCGCAUUUCUCGCUGAGAAGGUGGAUUUUACGGGGAGAUAAUGACGGCAAAGAAGAGAUUUGCUGCCGUUGCUUCGAGACGCCAGAUUCCGCCGUUUGUUUCCAAGUUUGUGAUCUCAUUGUUGGUACUGUUUUGCUUCGUCGUCUUUUUCGGACUCUUCUCGCAAUUCAAGCUUCAGUCGUCGUCUGUAUCUACUGAAUUCGGUUUUGAUGAGUUUCGCCUCGAAGAUUAUCGUAUGAAGAUUGCUUUCCUUUUCCUUGUUCGAGAUAAUCUUCCUCUUGAUUUCCUAUGGCACAACUUCUUUAAGAAUGCAGAUCCUGAAAAUUUCACCAUUUACAUACACUCUAAGCCUGGUUUUGUAUUCGAUGAAUCUGUUACAAGAUCAGCCUUCUUCUACAAUCGACAGUUGAAAAACAGUGUUGAGGUGGGUUGGGGUAAACCAACCAUGAUUGAAGCAGAGAAGCUAUUAUUCAAAGCAGCCCUUGAAGAUACUAAUAAUCAGAUAUUCAUACUCCUCUCUGACAGUUGUGUCCCACUAUAUAAUUUCAGUUAUAUAUACAGAUAUAUAAUGUCAUCUCCAAGAAGCUUUGUGGACAGCUUUAUUGAUGAUGCCACAGAAAAACGUUAUAAUCCAGAAAUGUCCCCUGACAUACCUGAAGACAAAUGGCGGAAAGGAUCCCAGUGGAUUACAUUGGUUAGAAGACACGCAGAGGUUGUUGCUUAUGAUCAUGUUGUUUUCCCCAUCUUUAACAAACACUGCAAGAGGCGACCACUUUUAGACUUGAGCAAAGGAAACGAGUCUCUUAAAGAGCAACAGCAACACAAUUGCAUCCCAGAUGAACAUUAUGUUCCCACCUUACUUGAGAUGCGGGGGAUUGAAGGUGAAUUGUUGAGAAGAACAUUAACAUAUUCUUUAUGGAACCAAUCAACAGAAACAAUGAAUACAUUAGCUUGGCACCCUGUAACAUUUGGUUACACAAGUGCUAGCCAAAAAAAUAUCCAAGCUAUCAAGGAUAUUGACCGUGUUUAUUUCAAGUCUGAGAACCGGACGGAAUGGUGUGGCGGUCCUUGUUACUUAUUUGCAAGGAAGUUUUCACGUGGGGCCGCCAUGCGUGUUUUGACAAAUGGGUUGGUGGGCCCGUAUGACCCCAAAACGGUGUUCCUGGACCCCACAUAGACUUGUAGUAUCGGAUGGAUGUAUACUGAGCUGAUGUACAUAUGGAGGCGAUUUGUGUUUUUGUGCAAAUUGGGAGUUAUGUAAUAUUUGUUUCAUCAAAUGACUAUUCUACUUCUACCCUUUGUUGGACAUGGUCAAAUUACCAAUUUAACCUUAACGAGAUGUCCGUGAGAUUCAUGUUGAAAUUGUUGGCUUCUUAUAAUAUGACUUGGUUUGUGUUGAAAUUGAUAAUAUACUUGAAAUAAAAAAGUAGGUGAU